AUCAAUCGAGACAACAUGCUUGACGAGACUCCAAAAAAUCAACUCGGCUCGGGAGGCCGUAGAAUCUCUCAUGAAACAAAACAACAAAGUCGCCGACUUUGCCGAAAACUUGGUACAGAAAAGCUCGAGCUGGGAUAUCAUGCAAAACAAGCACAAUUUGAAACAGAGAUUUGAAGAACUUCGAGGAAUCCAAGCUGCACAACACCAUCAGACCUCGUUCAUCAAGUUUUACCCCUCUCCUGCCGUGGGCUUCAACUUGGGCGAUAUCGCCACCGAAGACAUAGCAGACGCAGGUUGGUCCACUCCAGAGGGACUGGAACAAACUUUUCAUGCUGGUUUAGAAGCAAAGUUCAUUUUAUCCCCCAAAACACCUCAUGGCGAAGUAAAUAACCAGCCUGAUCUCAACGAGCAAAUUAAAGUUUUCAUACAACCAGACAAAGAUAUCAUACAAAUCACACAGAAAAACACAGAAAACGGUAGAUUCGAAGUGAACUUUAUACCCAAAGUACCCGGAGCUUACAGCAUUGAAGUGAAGAUUAAUGGAGAUACACUCGUCAACUCUCCGUUCACUGUGGCGGUGAAGGAGCGUGAACUUACUGUGGUCGGUAAGUUGGAUUUGAAUUUAUUAGAAGGAGAACGAGUCGACGAUCUAUCUGGAAUCGCCGUAAAUACGAUAGGGAAUAUUGCCGUAACUGAUCGUGGUAAAAACUCCGUUUACAUAUUCGAUAAAAGUGGUAAAUGUUUGAGAAAAAUUGGAGUUAAAGGGCAAUUUAUAAACCCAUUUGGCGUGACAUAUUUGAACGAUGACGAGAUUUUGAUUACAGACACAAGUAACAGAAGAAUACAACAAAUUAAUAUCCAAACGGGAACUGUUGUGACAACUUUAGGAAGAGCAGUAGAAGAAGGAGGGUUUCAUUUCCCUUUUGAUGUUUGUUUGGAUGAAGAACGUCGCAUUGUUGUAACCGAGAUUUGUAGUGGUAGGAUACAGGUGAUGUCACGUGAGGGAGAGACUAUUUCCAUCUUUGGAAACAUCGGCCCAGAAAAAUUAAAACAACCAAUGAGCUGCUUGCCUUACAAAGACAAGUUUUUCAUAUCCGAUUGCGAAGAUCACUGCAUUAAGGCUUUCGACAAAUCAGGAACAUUCUUACACAAGUUUGGCAAACGAGGCAAUCAAGAUGGACAAUUUAACAACCCAAAUGGCUUGCUUAUAGACAGGCCCCAUUGCCUUCUGGUGUGUGAUCAGCGCAAUAACCGAGUUCAGCAGUUUUCUCUGGACGGUCGCUUCACUGGAAAAAGUGUCACUCAUUUACCUGGACCUCGUGGAAUAGCAGCAACACCAGAUGGACGUAUUCUCGUGACUACCCCUAAAAAUAUUUUCAUAUUAAAGUAGCUGUUUCAAUAGACACUUAUUUACUUUGCAGUUUGUAUUCCUCUUCUAAUGACCGAACUGUUUCUUUCCUAAUGUUGGAGACUGGAAUUUGUAAGUUUAUUCUUAUUUUUCGAAGAAACUUUUUCGAAUACAACUGAACUAUUUAGCUUUGCGAUUUUAAAUUUUGUAUGUUAGUGGCAUUUAUGCAUAUUCGUAAUAAUGUAGCAAAGGUAAAUAUUAUAGGAUUGUGAUUGUCAAAGAAUAUUUUGCACUAAAGACGUCGCAUUAAAUACAUUAUUUUCAUUCGAUAACCUAGAAGUAAUUACAUAUAUAUUGCUUUCUUCUACUAGAAAGGGUGACACGUGCCAGGUGCUGAAAUAGACGAGUACCAUGUGACAUCCAGCUCUUUUUAGGCCUCGCUCCCAAAAGAAAAAAAAUUACAAAAACAACCGCGUUAUGCGAUUGCGUGACUUUGUAAGGUUAACCAUUUAACUCCAAGAUCUGACUGUUAAUUCUCCCCUCUAGCUGCUACACAUUUCCUUGUAAAUAAGUUACAAGUGUUUGGUGUUAGAUCACGAUAACAACUUCUAUCUGAUAAGUUUGAAUAUUCUCAAAACCUGUUUGCUGGAUAAUUUUUAGAUAUUAUAGUGAGAAGUUACAUGUGAAUCACUUCCGGGAGUGAAAGGUUAAAGGAUAACUUUUUUAAAAUUCCAAUUGUCUUAUUACUUGAAGGUGCUUGUAAGACUGUUCUUCAUCGUUCUUCCCAUUGCUGUAGUGAGAGAGAGGGAUUGGAGAGAGGAUGUUUUUGAGACAUCAAAAUCUGCUUUUAUUUGGCAGA